AACAAGAACAAGAACAAGAACAAUAACAAUAACAAUAACAACAAUAACAACAAUAACAACAAUAACAAUAACAAUAACAACAACAACAACAACAACAACAACAACAACAACAACAACAACAACAACAACAACAACAACAACAACAACAACAACAACAACAAGAACAAGAACAAGAACAAGAACAAGAACAAGAACAAGAACAAGAACAAGAAGAACAAGAACAAGAACAAGAACAAGAACAAGAAGAACAACAAGAACAACAAGAACAACAAGAACAACAAGAACAACAAGAACAACAAGAACAACAAGAACAAUAAUAACAAUAAUAACAAUAAUAACAAUAAUAACAAUAAUAACAAUAAUAACAAUAAUAACAAUAAUAACAAUAACAAUAAUAACAAUAAUAACAACAAUAACAAUAAUAACAAUAAUAACAACAAUAACAAUAAUAACAAUAAUAACAAUAAUAACAAUAAUAACAAUAAUAACAAUAAUAACAACAAUAACAAUAAUAACAAUAAUAACAAUAAUAACAAUAAUAACAAUAAUAACAACAAUAACAAUAAUAACAAUAAUAACAAUAUGAACGAAGAGUUAGAAUGUUACGUGCACACGGUAACCAGCAGAAUGCCAGUAUCCAAAGAACGACUGGAACAGAUCAAGAAAGAAACAGCGAUUGACCAGACCAUGAAGAUCCUGUUCUCAACAAUCCGAAGGGGAUGGCCAGAGACAAGAAAACAAACACCUUGCGAAAUCUAUGACUACUGGAACUAUCGUGACGAGCUUUCAGAAGUAGAUGGAAUCUUGUUGAAGCAAGACAAGAUUAUCAUACACCUCAUUGUGAGAGGAAAGAUGCUAGAAAGAAUACACGAGAGUCACAUGGGCAUAGAGAAAUCCAAACGACGAGCAAGGGACAUUAUGUUUUGGCCAAGAAUGAAUGAGCAAAUUGAAGCCGUUGUAUCCAAAUGCAAAACCUGUCAAGAAUACCAGAUGUCGAAUCCCAAAGAACCCAUGGUGCAAGGAGCAAUACCAUCGAGACCCUGGGAAAUGGUCGCAACUGAUUUGUUUCAGUGGGAACAGAACAACUAUCUGGUCGUGGCAGAUUAUUAUUCGCGUUAUAUUGAAGUAGUCAAAUUGGAAAACACCACCAGCAGAGCUGUUGUGAAUCAUGUGAAGUCCAUAUUUGCAAGACUUGGAAUUCCAUCAGUCGUAAGAAGUGAUAAUGGUCCUCAGUACACUGCCACGGAGUACAAGCAGUUCGCACAAAAGUGGAAUUUUUGUGCGAACUGCUGUGAUAAUGGUCCUCAGUACACUGCCACGGAGUACAAGUAGUUCGCACAAAAGUGGAAUUUUUGUGCGAAGAGCAUCAGACUUCAAGUCCAUAUUAUCCGAAAUCAAACGGUCUGGCUGAGAAAGCAGUUCAAAUCGUGAAACGUUUGCUAUCGAAAGCAAAACAAGAUGGAAUAGAUCCGUACCUAAGUUUGUUGAAGUAUCGCAACACACCCAUAGGUAACGUAGCCUCACCAGCAAAAAUCUUGAUGAGCCGACGUUUGCGUUCGCACUUACCAACUGCCCAAAAUCAACUUCAGCCAAAAGUUGUUGAUCCAGAGAGAAUGAAAGAAAAGUUCGAAGAAAAACAAAGGAAGCAAAAUAUUAUGACAGAUGGUACCGGUCCACGGAGCUUCCGGCAGUGCAAGAAGGAGAAGCAGUACGAGUACAAGUACAGAAUAAGUGGAAACCAGCAGUGAUCAGAGAUAAACUGGAAACACCCAGAUCGUACAUCAUUCAAACACCCAAUGGUCAACGAUUUAGAAGAAACAGAAAUCAUAUCAGAAAGCACAAGUAUGGUAUUCAGAUAUCAAGACCGUGGGAACCAAUUGAAGAUUUCCAGUCUGAUAGUGCCAGAUAA